AUGCUGCCUCUGGAAAUCACCCCUGAUCUACUUAUUCGGAAUCUCGACUUCAUUGACGAGGCCAACAGCUUCAAUGAAGCCGGGGUAUGCAACGAAAAGGUCUAUUCCUAUGAGAUCCGGGGGAACAGUCUGAUCCGGGAGCAUGAGAAUGGCGACAAGAAACCGGUUCUCCAGCCCGCGAUCAGCCUGCUCAAGAUAAACAACCUGUCCAAGAUCAAUGCUCUGCUCAGAACGAAGAACCUAUUCAGGGCCAACAACCUGCUCCAAACCAAGAGCCAGCCCAUGAUCAACAACCUGCUCAAAACGAAGAAUCUACUCAUGACCAACAGCCUGUUAAUCAAAAGCCUACUCAAAACCAACAGAUUGUCCAACAUCACCAGCCUACCCAAGAUCAACAGUCCGCACGAUAUGAUCGGAAAGUUCACGGGCUACUUGCCAGCGGCCAAAGCAGUGAAAUCUGCAGAGGCUCUGGGAGCCAGUCCCCGGACAUCAAAAGACUACUCCUCAGGAUGUAUUCAGAAGAACAUAAUCAAGAGAUUCACCACUCGAAACCCCGUCUCUGGAGAGCGCAUGAUUUCUGUAGGACGGAGUGCUUUCCAAACGAGAUUCCUCCUGCGUUCGAAAGAUUCUGCGCUUUUCCGCGCCAUGGAACUCGGGUUGUUUGAUACUUCGAAGACUGAAAAGGGCAGACCGGACCAGAAGAAAUCCGAUAUCUGGCACAACAAGAUCGGUGUUUGGAAAAGCACCAUCGAAUGUCAAAGACACCACAAGAGCAACGACGACAUGUUGUGGGAAGACCCUCAAAGAUUCGCUCUGUCAAUCAUUAUGGUUAGGUACUUGCAGAAGUCUAUCAAUCUACGAUCAAAGCAGGAGAUGUUAGAACAGGCUCUGUCGGUUUUGUUCAGCAGCUUUUCGGCUAAUGGGCUUUUCCCUGGAAAGCUAGACAAGCUCCAUGAGCCGGUCCUUUACGAUAACGAACUCUUGCGGGAUACCUACUGGGGAAACACUUUCGAAGUACCUUACCUUCUCUGGAAGUAUUGCUCGGAUUUGAGCGACAAAUCGACAUUCUACCAGAAGCCAGAAUAUGGCCCGCUGAACCGAAUAUCCAAAGAUGAGAGUCCGAUAGAUUUGUAUCUUGGAAACCAGAUUUCCAAUAUUAAAAGGGAAAUCCGUGACCAGGAAUUGGGACUUAAAGGCUCCGAGAUUCUCCUUCAAUGCUCAAUGAAAGAUGCGUUUGCGUUCAACAAUUCUGUGAACGUAAAGAACAUUGUGGAGCUUCAAGACGAGUGGCUGUAUAAUAUGCCAUCAUUUUUCGUCCCAGCAAAGUCUCAAAAGGACGAUACACAGGAAAAACUCAUCGGAGACGCUGGAUCUCAGGUUGUUCAAGACCAAAGUGAGGCCAGUUCAAUCAUUGCUCAAGACAGCAAAGGCUUUACUGGGGCGAAAUUGGAUUUGCUGAAGCUCAAUUCUCCCAAGUCUGUGAAGAAUAAGGAGUUUUCCGAGCUUGUGGACAAGGAAUUCUUCUCGACAGAAGCUGAGAUUGAAAAUAUUGUAGCCAGAGGAAGAGCCCCCGAUCAUGCUAAAAAGAGAAUAUGGUUUUUCAAAUCCUUGAAGCCAUCUGAGAACAUGCCAUGUCUCUUGACUGUCUCAGAGAAGGAGGUACAAGAACAGAAGGCAGUCGAACAUUUCCUUGAUGAGCACAAGUCUUACAAUAAUUCUUUUUGGGAGGAGACUAGCACGGUUUUCAACACAUGGGAGACACAACUUCACUUAUCUCUCUACUCAAUAUGCUCAGGUGGAAUAGAGAAGGAGAAAAAGGGCAGCAGCACAGGAGACACUCAGAGUGAGAACAACAGCGAAACCGGCAGUGAUGAUCGCCGGACGGAGAACACCAGCAGGAAAAGUAUUUCGCAUGUGAGCGAUGACGAGAUUGAGACUAGCGAGGAAGAGGAUGAUGAAACCCCGAUCAUCGAGGAAUACGAGGUUAAACUAUUGAUGCAUCGCCGAGCAGUUAGGCAGCGCAGAGUUCUGGAGCUGGUGCUUUUCGACGUGAUGAUUUCAGACAUGAACUUAUCAGCGGACGGAAUUUUGAAGACCACGAAAGAACUCCUCGAAAAGGGAAAAGACAAUAUGCGCAGAUCAUUCGAUGCCACGAAGGGAAAUCUUCAUCCAACCGGGAAUGAUGAAGUGGAAAGACUGGACUACAACGGCUUCCUCAUUGCGAGCCAGCGCUUUCAAGAGUUCCAGAAUGGCCUCCGGAAAUUCGAGGGAAACCUUGCCCAAAAUUUAGGAAUAAUCGAUGUCUGGUUGCAACGAGCCAAAACUCGGGAGGCAGAAAGGCCGCGAUGGACCUUCAACGACGAAAGCCGCCAUCGAGUUGACAUCUUAAAGUGGGUUGCUCGGAAUGAUCGUCAAAUUCGAGACCUCAGAGGCUACCACAAGAAGGUCUUGAACUUGAUUGAGUCGACCGCGAAGGAUCUCGAACACAUGCGCACUUGGUUGGACAUCUUGCGAAACGACUUGGACCUCAGACGCUCCGAAGAUAUCAAGCGCUUCACGUAUGUCACGGUAGUGUUCCUGCCGUUGGGAUUCGCAACUGGUAUUUUCAGUACAAGUGGAUCACCCGCGGGGAAAACCUUGGUCAGCAUGAUUCUCACCGCAAUUUCAACCCUGACCAUCACCUUGCUGGGAUUGGUUGGGUACAAGUUCAUUGACUCCCCUCGAGCUAGGAAGGAAUUGUCUGAUAGAUGGGUGGGGUUCAAGGCAAGAUUAUUGAGAUUUGUGGUACUGGCAACGAUACUCAUGUUGAUGGCACGGUUGAAAGACUCUUCAUCAAAGGAGUCCAACCAGCAAAAGCAUGAGAACAUGCGAGAAAAGAGUGAGAAAGAUGCACAGGGGGUUGAAGGUGGUACGGCAAAGAGACAGCGAGACAGUACAGCAGAGAGGCAACAAGAUAAUACGGUAGACGAACAGAGAAACAGUACAACAGAGAGGCAGAGAGGCAGUACAAUGGCGGAACAGAGAAGGAGUACGGAAGAGAAAGAGAGAAGCAGUGCGGAGGAGGAUGAGGUAGAAGACCCAACAACAGACGAGGUUAAACGGGCUGCCGAGAAAUGGAGCUGGGGCGCAAUUGUGCGGAGCUUGAGGAGAACUGGCACCGGUAAUGUGGAGAGGACAUUUCAAGAAGAUGUCGAGAGCCGUGGUGCCAGCGAUGUAGGUACUGCCGCCGAGGUGAAAAGACGUAGCAUAGCAUCACAGGACCGAGUCAAUCCGGAAUAG